CUCUCUUUGCUCUUGCUCCAAUUUUUUUCGAACUUAGCUUGUUUACUUCACCCAGAUCUUGUUACGCGGGCAAUCCACCUCCUACUCACGUGGUAGAGAUCUGGGUCACGAUCAAGAGGGUCCUAUUAGUAUUAAUGUCAAUGCCUUUCAUGCAAUUGUAAGGUUGUAGAGAGAAGCUUCCAAUGGCGAAAAAGACCACUACAACCCCAGGAAAACUCUCUGUAUACCUCUACAUUCCCAAUAUCAUUGGGUACAUAAGGAUCAUUAUAAACUGCAUUGCUUUUGCCCAAUGCUUCUCCAACAAAUGGCUUUUUUCCAUUCUUUAUUUCUUCAGCUUUGUAUGUGAUGGGGUGGAUGGAUGGUGUGCUCGCAAAUUCAAUCAAGUUUCAACAUUUGGAGCUGUUUUGGACAUGAUAACAGACAGGAUUAGCACUGCUUGUCUGUUGGUAAUUCUUUCCCAAGUAUACAGGCCUGGGCUGGUCUUCUUGUCAUUGCUUGCCUUGGAUAUUUCCAGCCACUGGCUACAAAUGUACAGUACUUUCUUGUUAGGCAAGGCUAGUCAUAAAGAUGUGAAAGACAGUUCUAAUUGGCUCUUCAAGGCAUACUACGGAAACAGAAUGUUUAUGGCCUAUUGUUGUGUUGCAUGUGAGGUCCUUUAUAUAAUAUUGUUUCUUAUUGCGGAGAAUCAAACUGAAAAUUUGAUGGAUGUGUUGAUGACUUCUGCAAGACAGAGUCCAGUUCUUUCUUUUCUACUCGUUUUGAGUUUAUUUGGAUGGGCAAUCAAGCAAGCUGUUAAUGUCAUACAGAUGAAGACAGCAGCUGAUAUAUGUGUGCUUUACGACAUCAACAAAAAGCAGAAGCCCUAAUGUCUUUUUACUGCUGAUAUCUGUCACUAUGUUCUGCCUUCAGUGCCCAGUUAGUUUUUGAUUCUUGCCCUAAAGGCUAAUGGAAUCUCUAGGUAAUGGUCUUCUGAAAAAUUGAAGCAAGUUUGUAACUGUUAGAAGAGCGCUUUCUCUCCAUGAUGCUUUGUGUAUCCUUGGCCUGAAUGCGGGUUUUCACUGCUCAUUUCAUUUUGGCCUUUUGCUUUUGUUUAUCCUUUAUUCUUUUUCCAGCUUUGUUGAUGUCUAUAUCCGGUUUGUAUGCCAUAAUUUAAUUCACAUAGCCUGUGUGCUAUUUGCC